GAUUCCAACGACCUUUGCCGCCGGCAAAAUUGGAAAUUUGUGCCACCAAGUCACUUUCUACUCGUUUGUUCCUGAUGAUAAUACCCGUUCUCUGUAUUUUAUUGUUAUGUGGGAAGUCGAGUGCUUGGGAUUCUGAGGAGUUGCAGAUGUUUGAUUUAGUUGAGGAAGUUAAGGAAAGCUUUUAUGACGUCCUUGGGAUAUCUCAGAAUGCUGACAAUGCUGACAUAAAGCGUGCAUACCGAAGGCUAUCAGCAAAGCUGCAUCCAGACAAAAAUCCUGAUGACCCUACUGCAGAAGCUAAGUUCCGAAGACUUGUGGGUAUGUAUGAAAUCCUGAAGAAUCCAGAACUACGUACAAAAUACGAUGAAGUGUUGCAAAAUGGUUUGCCUAGCUGGCGUACAACAGUUUUUUAUUAUAGGAAGCUACGAAAAAUGUCAAACUACGAAUUGUUCGGGUUAUUUUUUGGGAUGGCUACUGUAAUUCACUAUGCCGUGCUUUGGGGUUCAGUUUUCGAAAGGCGGUUAACUUUGGAAGAUCAACUGAGUAGUUCUUUAAAAAGACAUAAAGCACGUGAUAGAAAGUUAGAAUUGAUAAACCAAGAGAUAUCAGAUGAACUUAAGAAAAUCCCUGGCCCUGGAUGGAAAGAUAUACUCCCGUUUGCUAUUGUCAAAUGGAUAUAUGCCAUUGUCACUUUCUUCCCUAUUCUGUUUUCGUUUACAAAAGAAGUGUUAUUUCAAAAGAUCCAAGAACGUCGUGAGUUAAAGGAAGAAAUGAGGAUUAUCCAGCAAAACAAAGAAAAAAUUAAGGCUGAAAAACAGGAACGUAAGCGUCGUUUACUGCAUGAACAAACAGUUCUCAAAGAAGUUGAAAAGGAAGCCGGCCAAUCAACUAUAAACUCUGUCCUCACUGAUCUGCCAGAUAUUGAAACUGAUAGUUAUGAAGAUGCUUCAAAAAACAAGUCGAGUACACCUAUUUUUCAAGAGUGGUCAGAGGUCGAUGUAAACAACCUAGUUCGUGCUGUGAUUCGAUAUCCUGGUGGUGUACCUGGAAGAUGGGAACGUAUUGCAGAGUCUUUAGGUCGCAGUGUCCCUGAUGUUGUUCGUAAGGCGAAGACUUUAAACAAAGAACUGUUGUCUAUAUCUCAAAGAAAUAUUAAUACUGACGAAAUCCCCGUUUUCGAGACCAAUGUCAAUCCAGUUUGUGGUGAAACCGAUUCUGAACUAAGUGACAAUGAAUCUGACGACUCAGAGGAGAAAAAUGUAUCAAAGAAAAGACUUCGAAAACGUCAAUUGAGACGAAAAGAGGAAAAUGUAUCAGUCAUUCAAGAGGAUGAUGAAACUGACGAGGAUCCGGAUCAAAUUGAUAAGAAUGAUGAUCCCACCUCUGAUGUUGUUGUUAUCGAUGAACCAUAUAUGAGCCGUAAAAAGCUUAAACAACAAAAAGAUGUAACUACCUCGAAGCCUGUAGAACGUAAACCUGUUAAAAGUGAUGAUGGAUGGACUAAAGUAGAACAACAACAGCUUGAAAUUGCUAUCCGCUCUAUUGGCAAAGGAACACCGGAACGAUGGGAUCGGAUCACCGAAUGUAUUCCUACAAGAACAAAGGCAGAGGUAAUGGCUCAUGUCAAAUAUCUUUCAACGCUUGUUCAACGUAAACAAUGAGAAACAAUUAUAAUUGUGUAGACUGUGAUUCUUACGUGUUAAAUAUGUGAUAAGAUGGUGUAUGUAUAGUGAAUUAAUAAUAUAUACUUGUAAAUUGUAAAUUACCACCACCGUAACAUUCCGAAAACGUUAAAUCGUGCGUACUUACGUAUAUACACUAGUUGUUUUCAUAUGUAUUCUUUUCAUCAUUGGAAGCUUAAAAUUGUUCACAUGUUUUUUUUUGGGGGGGG